GCGCGAACCGCGCCGACACGCCGAGCACGCUGACCGCACACCAUCCCCACGGCGCGAGGAUCAACGCGAGCAAUGGCGCGCGCGCGAACAGGACGAGAACAGGCGACGCGAGGGUUACGAACACGAGGAGGAGUUCGACCAACGGUCGCAGGCGUCCACCUACCGAGAACGACCAAAGCCCGACAAGCCGAGGUUCGUAAUGUCCACCUUCACGGGUAGUGAUCCGGAGGCUUGGCUCAACCGUAUUGCGCAAUACUUCGAACUGAAUGAAACCGAAGGCCACAACCGAGUAAGGUACGCAGCAUUCUACCUGGAUGGUGAGGCCAAUGUAUGGUGGCAAUGGCUCUCAAUGAUCUACCGUAGGCGGCAACAGAUCAUUACAUGGGCUGACUUUGAGAGAGAAUUGCUCACACGUUUUGGUACGUCCGAUUACCAUAACUACAAUGAGGCUCUCGCACGAAUACGCCAGAUAGGCAAUUUGCAUGAGUACAUCAAGGAGUUUGAACAACUGGCCUGCCGCGUGCGAGAUUGGUCUGAGGAUGCAGUAGUAGGAGCCUUCAUAGGUGGGCUGAGGUUCGAUCUAGCCGCAGAAGUCCGACUGGAGCGGCCAAACACGAUGCAUAAAGCCAUGGAGGUGGCCCGACGCCGAGAAGAUCAUCUUGUGGCAACUCGAAGGGGACGGGCGGAUGCACGCUACCCCGAGACGCGACGCGCACAACCGGACGCAAGCAAUAU